AUGUCCAGAAGCAUGCGGGAAGUCAUCCGCGAGACGAGCAUCGGACAGAUUGCUCGCUUAAUUUUCGGCCGCAAGGAUCUGUUUCCUUACCCAGAAGAGCUCCCCUCGUUCCAGCUCCCGGCUAGUCUAAAUGCCGGCAGUCCAACCGCGCUCCUGGACCGCAGGCUAGAGGACGAGCUUAAGAAGCAAGGACACACCUCCCGCGUCCAGCCAUCGGUCCUCUCUACGGGCGCAAAUACACCUUCUGACGAGAAGGACCUUGAAGCUGGCACCGCGCAGAUAUGGGACAGUGGUCUGCCGAGUCCAGCCAUAACUGGCAAUGCCACCCCUAAGGGCGCGCGCGAGCCCGUCAUAGUGGGUUGGUACGAUGCCGCGGACUCAGCCAAUCCUAAAACUUGGCCGUUCAAGAGGAAGUUGUUCAUCACCACGCAGAUGGGCUUAUACACCUUUGCCGUUUACAUAGGCUCGUCCUUGUAUGCCCCAGCCGAGGCAGAUAUCAUGGCUUCUUUCGACGCAAGCUACGAAGUGGCCGCAUUGGGUAUCGCGCUGUAUGUGUUUGGCUACGGGGUCGGACCAUUGUUAUGGUCACCACUGUCCGAGAUGCCUGCGGUCGGACGCUCGGGAAUUUUCAUAGUAACAUUUUUCAUCUUCGUUACAUUAGCACUCGGAGCCUCGUUAGUCAACAGCCUCGGCGGGUUAUUCGUGCUCCGCUUCCUCCUAGGCUUUUUCGGGUCGCCGUGUCUUGCCGCAGCUGGUGCUACACUUGACGACAUGUUCGUGGCGUGGAAACUGCCGUAUGUACUAACAAUAUGGUCGACGUCGGCGACUUUGGGACCAGCAUUAGGGCCUAUCAUAUCCGGAUUUGCGGUGGCUGAGAAAGGCUGGCGAUGGAGCGGAUGGGAACUCUUUUGGAUGGCGGCGCCGGUAUGGGUGCUUAUGUUCUUGACUUUACCGGAGACAAACCCAGACACUAUCCUUCACAGAAGAGCGAACAGGUUGCGUGCGCGUACAGGACGGUCUGAAUUAACAACUGCGGAAGAUCUCAAGCGCGCCCAUAUGACUGUACGUCAAGAGGUCGUCUACGCUUUAAUCAAGCCUUUCCAGAUUAAUGCUCUUGACCCUGCUAUCCUUUACACCACAUGUUACGCCGCAGUCCUCUACGCGACGUACUAUUCCUUCUUCGAGGCGUUCCCGAUUGUGUUCUCCGAUAUGCAUGGCUUCAAUCUCGGUGAGUCUGGCUUGCCGUUCCUGGCUUUUGUGCCGGGUCUGUUCAUUGCCGUAUUGGGCUAUAUUGGCUGGUUCCGACUUAAGGCAGAAUCUGUGAUGCGCCGGGAACCCCCGCCUUUAUACGGGUUUCCUGAGGCGAGGUUGCUUCCGGGAGUGGCGACGACAUUUCUAGCCCCUGUCGGAUUGUUCAUUUACGCAUGGACCUCGCGACCAGAUGUCCACUGGAUCGUGCCGAUUAUAGGUCUGACAAUACUUUUUGUUUCCAUCUUCAUUGCCUUCCAGUGUAUGAGCUUCUACAUUGCCCGAUGCUACCCGAAGUAUUCAGCCUCCUUAUUCGCUGCGAAUACCUUUGCGCGAAGCUCUUUUGCCGCAGGGUCAAUCCUAUUCUCCAGGCCUAUGUAUGAAAGAUUAGGUGUGGGCGGAGGAGUAAGCCUGCUCGGCGGCCUCUCCAUUCUAUGCGCGAUUGGUAUGAUUUGUUUGUACUUAUAUGGCGAUAGAUUAAGAGCUAGAAGUAGAUUUGCUCAGUCAUCUUGAAAGUUUAGAAAAGAAAUAUGUAUAUAGAGGGUAAUGCACGCACAGACCAGAAUACCUAUGGAUCAAACGUUGUUUCAAAGAUCGAAAAGCCAGAUAUAGUUCGAGGGAUUGGGCAAAGAUAUUGGACUCAAGUUGAGCCCAUUGCCGAGUAAUAUUAUAAUCCGUCCAGACGGUUGGUUGAUGCAAUGCUAUAUGAUACAAGCUUAAGCUUAUGUGUUGGAGUCCAUGGACUCUUCCCAUCGAAAGGGCCUCUUUUAUGUAUAUACCUACCUACACGGCUACGAACCGAAAUUGCAAAGUGCGUUCGCAUAUCUGUCACCCGAAUCUAACCCGUCCCUCUAAUAAGAUAUCCUUGUUUGUUUGUUUUUGCCGAUCACUCGAAAGCUAUAUCCGGUACCUCCCAAGCUUAACCUAAUAUAUGCUAAGUCCGAUGGGGUAUGUUGUGUCAUUCCCUAGUCAUAAGAAGAAAACUAGAGUUUCUCAGCCACAGAAGCGAUUAUUUCCUCAACGCCGAUUAACGAUGUGGUUGCAAGUAGAAAUGAAUAUAACCGGCUUCAUCCGUAUUUAAGAACAAGGUAUGCGAGUUCC